CAUGACGACAUAUUUCAUUCACGUUUUAUUACAUAUUGAACAGCAAGGGCUUCUGUGGAUCCAGCGACUGUCACUGAAGACAGUAUGGACAGCACGGUUAGUCUACCGGAUCAACCUACCAGAAGCACUACUGUGACCUUAGUGGAGUCCAGCAGCAAUCCCAGCGGCGUGCAGCUGGUGAGCACCUAUCAGACCCACCGAGCUGGGGACCCCAUGGACCUCGUCAUGUUGGCGCAGCAAGUGCAGAAGGGAGACGAAUUUGUCAGAGCCAAUGCUUGUAACAAGUUGACUGUUAUAGCAGACCAGAUCAGAUAUCUGCAGGAGCAAGCAAGAAAGGUUUUGGAAGAUGCAAAAAACGAUGCUGAUCUGCACCACGCAGCUUGCAAUGUGGUCAAAAAACCUGGGAACAUAUAUUAUUUAUACCUCCGUGAAUCUGGACAACGCUACUUCUCCAUACUGUCUCCCAAGGAAUGGGGUUCCAGCUGCCCACACAAGUUCCUUGGUGGAUAUAAGCUGCAGUACGACAUGUCAUGGACACCUUUGGAUGAGGUGGAGAAAAGAGACUCUGAAAUUCACAUUAUGGAAAAGCUGUUGAACCAGCAAACUGCCCUCCCUCCUCCAACUGAACCCAACUUUGAGGGCCUCCUCAAAUAAACUCAGGACUGGGAAACUUGUAAGCUUGUGCCAUUCACCCAUAAAUGUCUUACAUAACCAUUGUGGCCUUGGGGAUGCAAAGUUUUUUAAUGAUAUUUAGCAAGAUGUUUUUUACACAUGUCAAGAUUUAUUUUCCUCCUGUGACUGUGAAUGGUAAUUUAACUAUUACAGAUGUUUUGAACCAAAGUCUUGUGUGAUAAAGAGACGGUUCAGAAGUACACUAAAAUGUAUUUUAAUUGCAGUUUAAUAUGUGUCGAAUAUAAAAUGUGGGAAAUUGGUUUCAUAGACCAGUGUGUGUUCAAACUAGGCAGGUCAAGAUUUAAUACAUACAGAAUAUCUGGUUUUGGAGAGCCCCAUGUUUUAUAAUUUGUGUUUAUUGAAUAAAUUUAUUUAAUAAUGUUCAUUGAAAGCAUUAAGCUCCUUAUUUUGA